AUGAGCAACAAGAACAGUAUCGCAUAUACCCUGAGACCUUAUAUCGCUGGUGGCUCGGGUGCUAUCUUCUCUUCCAUUUGUAUUCAUCCGAUUGACUUGGUGAAAGUCCGACUUCAGGUGGCUAACACUGCUGCUGAAGGCCGCAUUAGCGGCAUGGCUAUUGCCAAGAGCGUAGUUCGAAACGAGGGUGUGAGGGGACUUUUUUCUGGUUUGUCCGCAGCUAUUGCCAGACAGGCCGUAUAUGGAACUGCUAAGAUUGGUCUUCACGAUAGCUUCUCUCAGAAGUUGAAGGUGUUGAACCAUGGUAAUCCCAUUCCUUUCUAUCAAAAGACACUCUCGGCAAUGAGUGCCGGUGCUAUUGCUGCAGUCAUUGGAAACCCUUUUGAUCUCGCUUUGGUUCGAAUGCAGGCAGAUGGUUGUGCCCCUGAAGCCCAACGUCGUGGCUACAAGAAUGUCCUGCAUGCCGUUUACCGAAUCGCGAAGGAGGAAGGUCUGAAGACACUUUGGAGAGGAUCUGUUCCUAUGAUUUGCAGAGCAGUGGCUAUGAACACUGGUAUGCUGGCUUCCUAUGAUCAAUUCAAGGAAGUUUUACUUCCUUAUACUGGACCUGGUAUGUCCAAUAAUCUGUGGGCUAGUGCUUUCACCAGUUUCAUUUGUUCGUUUACUGCUCUUCCUUUUGACAUGAUGAAGACGAAGUUGAUGAAUAUGCACAUGAAUCCUGUGACUGGAGAAUAUCCCUACAAGAACAUUCUGGACUGCGGUAUCAAGAUUGUCAAGCAGGGAGGAUUCUUUUCGCUGUGGAGAGGCUACUGGACUUUCUAUGUCCGAACAGCUCCUCAUUCUAUGAUUACUCUCUUGGCUAAGGAUGCGUUCACUUCACUAUACAAUAGAGCCUUCUUGAGUUAAGAUUUGGGUAGUAGUUAGAACAUCGGUUUAAUUGGGUCUUUGUUAAGUGGCUUGCCACUUAUUUUUUUUGUAUUUCUUUAGUGUUUUAUAUGGCUUCUUUGUUAGAGGAAACGACAACAAAUCAAUCACUAAAUUCAAUUGAGUCACUAUCGCUGCUUGAAGAUUCUUGGAAUACGCGCAUUCGUCGCUGCAUCAAGACACUUUGAUCGUUGUCGCUACGAUUAUAAAGGAGAAGAGUAAUAGGGAGAUACUUGUUGGACGCGUCAUUGCCGUCAUUGAUGUGCUUCAGUUUUGCCUUGUUGAAAGUUUGGAUUUCACGGAGAAAAUCUCUAUAUGGAAGCAUUUCGAUCCAACAAUACUUAGGAGCACUAAUCUUUCGGUUUUCGGUCUCAGAGAGAACAGGUGUGUCACUCGGGGGUGGAGGAGGCGCCUUUGCCUCCUUCUUAUUGAUAGGAACAGAAGACAUUGGAGGUGGUGGCGGCUUUUUGCUUACUGGAAGUGGAGGAGGAAUGGAUGAAGUGGGUAUAUUCUGUGAAGGCGGAAGGGGAGGAGGAGGAACUGAAGCAGAAGAAGAAGAAGUAGUAGUAUUAGUAGUAGUUUUAGUAGAUGGCUUGCUGGUAUUUGAUUUCAUUUGACUCACUGGCUCUUUGUUCUUCUUGUUCUUCAUCUUCUUUUCUUCUUCAGAUUGCUGGUUUAUCUCUGAUUGCGUCUUCCGCUGCGGAAUUUUCGGUGGGGGAGGAAGUGGAGGUAGCGUUUGAUUGGGUAUCGGAGGAGGCACUUUGGAAGUGGUCAUUGGAGGAGGCACUUUGGAAGUGGUCAUGGGAGGAGGCGCAGAACCACUCGGAACAAAGGAAGGCGGGAUCGGCUUUUCCUUGGUUGCCUUUGUCUGUGUCAAACUUUUGGAAGGAAGCGGAGGAACUGCGGGAGGAAUGAAGGGAGGAGGAGCGUUUUUUGGCUGAUGUGCUGGCUGGGCUGGAAUGGAGGGAGAAACUCCAGGAGAGGGGAGAGGCGCCGGGGGAACGGCUCGAGGAGUGCGUGACACAUCGAUCGAUUGAGGCUCUCUGGAAGAAGCGGAUUCUCGACUGGUAAAAAAAGAAAAGAUUCCAGAGCGGCGACGAGGCCUCGCUGGAUCCUAUGGAUUAUUUGUG